UCCGAGCGCGAAAAAUGGCCUGGCUGAGUGCUGGUGGUGGCGGCGGCGGCGGCGGCGGAGGCCACGAGGAGGAGGGCGACGACAGCGUGUUCAAGGCGGCUGUGGAGGUCUUCGCGAAGCUGAAGGACCUCAGCUGCCCCUUCCUCCAAGGUCUUUAUAUCACAGAACCAAAGACUAUUCAGGAACUGCUGUGUAGCCCCUCGAAGUACCGCUUGGAAAUCCUGGAGUGGAUGUGUGCACGGGUCUGUCCCUCCUGGCAAGACAGGUUCAGCUCACCUAAGGGGGCCUCAGCCGAGGUGAAGAUCCAAGAGAUGGUGAAACUGGGCCAUGAGCUGAUGUUGUGUGGGCUGGAUGACCACGAGCUCCUGAAGGGCCGGGCCUGUGCCCAGAAGCAGCUGCUCUUCGUGGACCAGCUGCUGGACGUCGUCCGGAGCCUGACUGUCGGAGGCUCCAGCUGCCGCAGUGUGGAAGAGCACUUCGAGGACACCAGGGAGAAGAAUGAGGCGCUGCUGGAGGAGUUCUUCUCGAGCCCCUGCCUGCAGGUGCUCCGGAGCCCCGAGUGUGAUGCGUGGCCCCUGGGCGUGCAGCCACUUCCCGACAAGCAGAGCAACGCCUGGCAGAGGACCAGCCCCUCCAUCGAGUCCGAGGAGGACAAGGUGGCAGAGCUGGCCAGGAAGCUGCGGGAGAGCGCCUCAAAGCUGCAGUCGCUCAGGGUGGAGUGCUUUGCACAGCACGAGCAAGGAGCCGCUGUGGGCGGGGCCGACGCCAGCACCCUAGACCAGAAGCUGCGCCUGGUCAUCUCUGACUUCCAGCAGCUCAUCGUGGCUUUCCUGCAAGUCUAUGACGACGAGCUGGGAGAGUGCUGCCAGCGCCCGGGCCCCGACCUCCACCCGUGCGGCCCCGUCGUCCAGGCCGCGCGCCAGACUCUGACCUCAUGCAGCCAACUGUUGAAAGCGGUCGUGGAGGUUACUGACACCUCGGUGAAAGCCGUGCAGAUGGUGAAGCAGCAGCAGGGCAAGCAGAUCUGUUGGGGCAGCAGCAAUUCUGUGAUGAGUCUAGGUAUGUGGUCACCACUCUUCUGUGGCUGUGGCCACCCGUCUGGUGGUCAGGGCGGCCUUCACAGUGCGCCUCUGGGCUUGCCCCGCGUUUGGGGACUGGCCCCUUACUUUUUUUCUUCUUUUUCCAAUGCUUAAGGUUUUCCUUCCCUUGAAAAUGCUUCUGGCAGAUUAUAAACUAAAAACAUUAAUUGUAGGAAAUUGGGGUGACGUAAAGACGUGCAGAGGUAAACUAAAAACAUUGCAUAACGUGGUGGCCCGGAGAUAGUCGGUGUUAAUAUUUUGGUCUUUUUCCCUCUAUUCCGUUUCCUCUCAUCAUUUUUUAUUUCUUUGUGUAAGGUGAGUAGAAUUAUAACAUGUGUACACUAUUAUAUUCUUUCCCUUGGAUCUCAUUUUAAGCGUUUUCCCAUGUUCUCGAAGUCACAUUUUUAAUCAUCAAACACUUCCAUUCAGGCAUUUGCUAUAAUUUACUUAAGAGUUUCUACUACUGACCCCGUAGGUCAUUUGCAGUUUUAUACCGUUACACAUGAUGCUGUCGCAGGAUUUACAAUAGUGACAAAUGGAAACAAUCCAAGCUUUUACCCUUGGGUAAUGCUUGGGUAAAUACUGGUAUAUGAAUAUGGUGAGACUGUAUUUGUUGUUUCAAAACUUGGUGACAGUGACACGAGCAAAUGUGUAUCGUGUAACGUUAAAAGGAAAAUGCAGGUUAAAAGUGAAAUAUACAGUAUGAUUUCACUUAUCUAAAGGGAAAAAGAUGUAGAAGAAUCCCUUGUAGGAGAUCAGCUAGAACAUGGACGUUGGUUUGCUCUGUGUUGGCAUCAGAGGUGUUUUAGCUCAUUUACUCUUUCUUCAUCCUGCUCUGCCGCCUUCACAUAUUCCCCAGUGAACAUGUAUCACGCACAGAGUUUCUCCCCCGAUUGUCAGUGUUUACAAAAGGUCGCGGUGAACAUGUUUCGACGUUCGUGCUUCCAUCCCGAGGCGGGGUUCCCGCCGUCUUGUCGGUGAGGCCUGGCUUCUUCUUCUCACUGGCGUGAGGCCAGCAGCCUCCAUCGCACCGGUCCUCGGCAGCGCUGGCUUUGAACCUUCCAACCUCUCUGCUGUUGGAUAGGGGCAAAGUUGUAUCUGAAUUUCAUUUUAAACUUUUUUUCUGAGUAAGUCAAUUUUUUUUACUUAAAAAAACCACUCAGAAAAGGUUUCUGUUGUUGUUCUUUUGUGAUAAGAAAAAUAGCCUUUUCUCUCUCUGAGUCUUAGAGAAAAGUGAAAAGUUGGAUAUUUCCCCUUCAGUCCGGUUCCAGUGACUUUAAAGCCAGUACUUGUGUUAAGCACAACCCCGGCUGAGAAGUGGAGC